CCCGCCUACUCAAUGUACAAUUCGCAUAAAUUAUUCCUAGCUGGGUGGAAAGUAGAGCAGGUAGAAUAGAGACACAAACUAGCACCAGAGAUUGACCGAAACUUUGGUAUCGGCGGAGUUCUUUAAUACACUGAUACUUCCAUAGAAAACUAUCCUUACACAGGUGGGCAGGAUGGGUUUGACGCAAGAGUCAGUUCUAGCAUUCUUGCUGAAUGAAGGUGGUCGAGUGAAAAACUCCGAGCUGCUUAACAGUUUUAAAAGUCUGUUCAAUGUUGGUAAUCCUGAAGAAAGAAAGCAAAACCGGGAGUUGUUCAAGAGGUUUGUGAACAAUGUUGCCGUGGUGAAAGACGAAGAGGGGGUAAAAUACGUUGUCCUCAGGAAAAAAUACCUGCCUUUUGUGAAGGUUGUUUUGGAAGUACCUGCACAAGACUCCGACCUGGGUGGGAGUUCAGAGCGCUUAAGCAACUUGUCAUCUGAUAUAGGUGGCGACCAAAGCCGUGAAGGUGAAGCAGGUAAGAUCUUUGGUUCUGACCUUCGUAACAAUAACCUGGCUGCUUUUCCGAACGCUCCUGACAGUCUGUUAGGCGAGAAAUCAAUCGACAAUGCUUUCAAUGCAAACACGCCGGCGACAUUAAUAUGGAGAAGCCAGGAUCUGUCAGAUACCGAGAGUACAGGCGUUAUUGAUGUUGAACAAGGGAAACCACUGCGCACCACACAAGAGGUGUUAAUAAAAGAGGCUGUAGAAUCCAAAGACCCUAAUCUUCCUGGAGACAUGAAGCUCUUAGUUGACAAAAAGGGCAACGCUUCCAUUUUUGCUAUUGUGGCACUGCCUGAUGUCCCAACCUCUCAGUCUCAACCAAGCCAUACCUGUGAUAAUAGAGUUGAAUCAAUGCUAUUAAAGUACAACCAAGAUGGGGCAUAUAGUAAAGGAGCCACAACGCAAGGUGCCCAAAGGACUGCUCAGAAGCCCUACAUGCUCCCUUUGAGAUGCCCUCCGCCUGAGCUGGAUUUUAAAACACAAGUGGAAGAGCAGGUAGUUUUAAGACCGAAAGAAGACAAGGUGAAGGCCCUUGUAAAGCUCCAAGCAGAGAGUGAUGCUUACAAAUCUCCCCGAAUGAAAAGAAGACAGAUUGAGGAAGCAACCACUGCUAGCUCUCCUCAUUUGAAAAGGCUAUCCAAGAAUUUGAAAGGUGAGGAAGCCAGGUACUCCGACAUGGUCCCUCUGGACACUGUAGAGCAUGAGUGGCUGGUGAAAGCUGCAGCAGGACAUUGGAACCAGCUUUAUGGGCUUCUUCUAAGGGACACGAACUUGGCUGAAAAGAAGGACUUCAUGUCUGGGUUCACAGCUCUCCACUGGGCAGCCAAAAGUGGAAAUAUUGACAUGGUGAGUAAAAUCAUUGACAUCUCCAACAGAGGGAAUACCAAGUUGGACAUAAACUCCAAAACAUAUGGGGGCUACACACCAUUGCAUAUUGCUGCUUUACAUGGCCACGAAGAUGUCCUUUCCAUGCUAGUCUUGGACUAUCAUGCAAAAAGCAACAUAAGGGACUACAGUGGUAAGAAGCCGUACCAUUAUUUAAGUAAAGGGGCAUCAUUUGAGGUGAGGCAGCUCCUGGGAGACCCGCAGACACUCCAGCAGCAAAGUGCCCCCUUAAAGAAACCCACAAAGGUGUCUCAUUCCAUUCUGGGCUCCACUAACUCGUUCCUGGGAGUUAUCAGUGAAGACGGCCACAUCCCUGAGCUUCCUAAAGGCUUCAAGCCAUCCUCUUUAAGUAAGCUGUUCAUUCCCCCCACAGUGUCCAAAAAGAAAAGCAAGUACAGGUCAGGCUUCGCUUCUGUAAGCGAAGACCACGAGGAUGAGAAAGAGGACAUUGUCAAACGCAGACCCAUUUCUGAGUUCUUUCUCUGAGUUUAGGGUUAAGGAAGGCAGCUUCUUAAUUGCUGAAUUCUUAAUGAGGGAUUUUAUAUGGGUAACAGGCUGUAGUUACAUUAUCGAAUCAGGUCACCUGCAGUCCAUUAGUGGGAUGAAACUGGAGAUAUCAUGUGUUUUAUGUGUAGUCUUAAAGUUUUUUUUUAGUUUUUUUUUAUAGCAUUUAACGUUAGAAAGCGCAGCAUCUAUGUUAAUAUUGUUUUAUCAUGAACUGAAUGGCUAGUAAUUGUUUUUUCUACCUACUAGACUGUUAAAGUCCAGUCUUUAACUCUGUUGAUGAGGUUUUUGGUCCAAGACCAGCAGGUUGUGGAUUUGACUGCAUUCCACAGGUUUUUGAUUUUUAAACUAUCCCCAGUGUAGAAUUUGCUUUUUUUUUUUUUUUUUUUUUUUUUAAAUAAACAUACAAUUGUUAUUCUUACAAAACUAUGAAUAGCUAUUAGUUGAAUUUAAGCACCCUGAAGUUCUGUUUCUUACUAUGUAAAAUGGCGAUACGGUUGUGGGGAAAAUGCACAUGUAAAUCUUGGGUGUUCUAGUUGUCUUUAUUUUGUAUAUUCAAUGUUUCUAGUGUUGAUGUUAUCUGGAUUCUCGGCUGGGCUUGUCACAGUGGUUAGAUGAAUGCUGUGUGUAAUAUGUUUACAUUUAACAGUGACAAGGAGCUUUUCAUAGGCAUUCUGAGAUUUUAUGUAUAAGAUAAAUUAGAAAGAUUUGUUUUAUUGUUCAGGUUCAAAGUUGAACUUUUACAGGGCAGAACGAUGCAAAUGCUGUACAGCAGUCUGCCUCUUUUUAGGACAAUGGAAACUUUUUGUUUUGAAGCACACAUUUGCUGCAUUGCUUAUUUGCAGAUGAGGAUUGUCAGUUACUGAAACUUUUCGGAGUCAGCUUUUAAAUGCUGCUUUCCAAACAAAAACGCUUGAAUCGUUUUUUUUUUUUUUGGGGGGGGGGGUUGUUUAUUUUUUAAAUGCUUUUAGUGGUACAGCUGCUUGUGAGUUGCACAUCUGUGAGACUGUAACCCUUAUGUAGUGCCUUAUAGAGAAUGUGAUUAAUAAACUGCUCAAUAGUGGAAACUAUUUUUAUUAGCAUGUUGGUGAUAUAAUAGUUCUUUAUUAGGCUGGGCACUCAAACUUUAUUGUCUGAUUUUUGCAUGGAUAUGUAACACUGGAAAUAAUAAUGUUUGGGGAUUGGGUUGUGGCUAACACUUAUUAUUUGUAUAUGAAAAUGGAGCCAAGUGAAAUAGAUCUGAAUCUCUGUAUACCUCCUAGAAUCAAUAAUAAAAAUGUAUAUACA